UCCCAUUUAACACACUCCUCACUUUAGGGUUCUCCAAAAACGAUCGAUCUAUCUGAAUCUUCUCAUUUCCCCCUUUCUCCGUUUCAUAGCUAGCUAGAGUUUUCGAGAUGGGUCAGAUCCAGUACUCUGACAAAUACUUCGACGAUACUUUCGAGUACAGGCACGUCGUGCUUCCUCCUGAAGUCGCUAAGCUUCUCCCGAAGAAUCGUCUUCUCUCCGAAAAUGAGUGGCGUGCGAUUGGGGUGCAGCAGAGCCGUGGAUGGGUCCAUUACGCCAUUCAUCGUCCAGAGCCACACAUCAUGUUGUUCAGGAGGACUCUCAAUUACCAGCAGCAGCAGCAGCAGGAGAACCAAGCUCAAAACCUGCUCGCUAAGUGAAUCUGAGUUGUGCUGCGCUACAAACAUUGGUUCUUGUUAGCUAUUAUGUUUCUUGUAAACAUGGGUUUGUGAACCACAACCUCUAAUAACUUUGUGUUCAUGUUAUCUAUCCUUGGUUGGAGAAAAACAUGCGAGUGAAUGAGUGAUAAUCUGACUACUUUGAUGUUAUGCAUUGUCUUUGUUCAUCAUGGAUUAUAUCUUCUUCUUUCUGCCUC